CUCUACCUGUCUGUUUGGUUUGCCUAAACAAGUUUGAAAGUGGAGCACUGGACGACUAAUGAAUUAUUGUGGGGAAGUCAAGACAGCAAGGUGUAUAAAUGUGUGUACUUGUGCAUGCGAUUUAUCUUUUAUAUAUGCAAACUAACUGACUGUGUUAGCGAAUGAGAUGGAUGAGUACAAAUAAAGAGACGUCAGUAUUUUGCAUGUUGUCGCUUAUUAGUGCACCAGAUUGACAAAGGCACCUGGGGUGUGGAAGUGAAAUGGUUAAAAACAUUAUCCUGGAGUAGUAUCCCGGACUCAACAAAUGAAACAAUUAAAAUCAUAAACUGUUUUUGAGUUUUUUUUCCUGAAACUUACAGAGGUGUUUGCACCACGAGGGCAUCAGAUCGCAGCAUUUUUUGGCUGCUACAGGAAGGGAUGCUGCUUUUCUUCAUUUUUUUGGUAAGGUGCAGUCGCGAAAAACGGUAAUGCUGGAAAAAAUUGAAUGACUCCGCAGGGUUACUUAUGUAUGGUGCUGGUUUGCCUUGGAAACGUGCAUAAGUUGUGUCGCACUUAUUAUUCAAGAGCACGGAGAAAGUGACGCAAACUAAAAUUCUGAACUUAUUUUGUUUCCAAAACACCGGUCAGAGAGGCAGCGAAGAGUGGACUUACCUAGAAUUUGUGACGAUACCCUAUUGGAAACAGACGAGGAGAUUUUUGCACUUUAAACAGUGGAUGCUAAAGGUUGCACCGGGCCACUGAAUCCUCGCCGUUUCUUACAGGGAGUCGCCGAUCUGAGCAGGCCGCGCUCCGGUGUGAAUUUCCAAUAGAUGGCACCUCGGCUGCAGCUGGAGAGAGCCGCUUGGCGUUGGGUCGAAUCAGUCCGACCCGAGGAUGUUACAGCCGAGAACAUCGAGACGGCGUACCGUGUACUGUUGGAGGGAUGCAAAAGAGGGGCGUGCAGAAGAAACUGCAAAGGAAACCCAAACUGCCUUGUUGGUAUAGGUGAACAUAUAUGGUUAGGAGAAAUUGAUGAGAAUACCUUUCACAACAUCGAUGAUCCUAAUUCUGAAAGGAGAAGCAAGAACACUUUUGUAGGCCUGACAAAUCUUGGUGCAACCUGCUAUGUAAACACAUUUUUGCAGGUGUGGUUUCACAAUCUAGAAAUGAGACAGGCAAUAUAUCUGUGUCAAAAUUCCAGAGCAGAAGAAUUUGCUGUUGAAGAUGAUACAGAUUAUGAACCACAAGAAAUAUGUGAACAUCUUCAGUACCUGUUUGCAUUGUUGCAGAAUAGUAAUCGAAGAUACAUAGACCCUUCUGGACUUGUCAAAGCACUUGGAUUAGACACGGGACAACAGCAGGAUGCUCAGGAAUUUUCUAAGCUCUUUCUAUCCUUACUGGAGGACACACUAUCAAAGCAGAAAAAUCCAAAUGUACAAAAUAUCAUACAGCAACAGUUCUGUGGACAGUUUGCCUAUAUUACUGUGUGCAACCAUUGUGGCAGAGAAUCACAACUCUUAUCCAGAUUCUAUGAACUAGAGCUCAAUAUUCAAGGUCAUAAGCAACUCUCUGACUGUGUCACUGAAUUUCUUAAGGAAGAAAAGCUAGAAGGGGACAAUCGUUAUUUCUGUGAGAACUGCCAGAGUAAACAAAAUGCUACCAGGGAAAUUAGACUGCUAAAUUUACCUCAUACUCUGAACUUUCAACUUAUGCGUUUUGUCUUUGACAGACAAACAGGUCACAAGAAGAAACUGAACACAUAUAUUGGUUUUCCUGAAAUUUUAGAUAUGGGACCAUUUCUGGAGAAAAAAGAUGAAAAGUGUGUUUAUGAGCUGAACGCGGUGCUGAUACACAGAGGGGUUAGUGCAUACUCUGGCCACUACAUAGCUCAUUUACGAGAUGGCAGAACAAAUGACUGGUAUAAAUUUAAUGAUGAAGAGAUUGAAAAAAUGGAAGGGAAAAAACUUCAACUUGGAAGUGAAGAAGAUAUAGAACCUUCUAAAUCCCAGACACGCAAACCUAAAUGCAUUAAAGGAUAUCAUUCUUCACGGAAUGCAUAUAUGUUGGUUUAUAAACGCCAAGUGGAAGAAGUAAGCCAUUCUGAGCCCAAUGUUCAAGUUCCAGACUUUCUGCAGAGGUUAGUGGAUCGAGAUAACCGAAAGUUUGAAGAGUGGUGUCAUGAAAUGGCUGAAAUGAGGAAACAGAGUGUUGACAAAGGCAAAGCAAAACAUGAAGAGGUGAAGGAGAUCUACGAAUUGUUACCUGCUGGAGACGGUCAGGCUUUUGAGUUCAUUCCCCUUGAGUGGUUGCGAAAAUGGCUAGAUGAUUCUACUGUUACAAAGCCUAUUGAUAACUCAAAGUUUAGCUGCUGUCAUGGAAAACUUCACCCAGAUAAAAUUGAAGAUGUUAAGCGAAUAUCUCAAAAAGCUGCUGACAUCUUCUUCAACAGAUAUGGAGGUGGUCCCAGAUUAGACAAUUCUUCUCUUUGUAGAGAAUGUGUUGUGGAGCGAUGCAGGGUCUUACGAUUGAAAAACCAGUUAAAUGAAGAUUACAAAGUUAUUUCAAACAUGGUAAAAAUUUCAAACAAUAGCAACCAGGGAUAUUGGAUAGGUAAAGCUUCUCUUCGAAGCUGGAGGCAGUUAGCACUUGAGCAGUUAGAAGAGGAAGAUGAUGAACUAAAGCAUACAAAUGGCAAACCAAAUGGAGAGAGCAUUUCUGUCUUAGAUGCUGGAGGUGCAGGAGAUAAAAAAGAUGAUAAUGAUGAUGAAAAUUUAAACUUCAAUGAAGAUAUUCUGUGUUCACAUGGUGGGCUUUGUACAUCAGAAAAUGAGAGAAAACUUGUUUCUAAUGAAGUGUGGAACAGACUGAAAACAUAUUUUCCGAAAGCUCCUGAAUUUCCUGCCAGGCAGGAGUCUUGCCCAAAAUGCAAGACAUUGGAAAGAGAGUGUGAAGAAAGUGAAGCAUUAAACAAAAUGAUAGCAAAUGAUCAGAAAAUGGCUCUUCUUAAUCUUUUUCAGGACAAAAAUCGACCCAGUUUACAAAAAUGGCCUACGGAGACAGAUCACCUGUAUAUUGUGUCUUUGUUUUUUGUUGAAGAAUGGAGAAAAUUUAUCAGGAGACCUGGAAGAUGCACCCCAGUGUCAUCAGUUGCAAAUGGUGCUCUACUCUGUCCUCAUGGUGGCUUAAUGUUUACUUAUGAGUCCAUGUCCAAAGGAGACGCAAAACAUGUAGCUGUUUUAUGGCCCAGCGAAUGGGAAAUCAUUAACAGAUUCUUUCUUGUGGAUCAGACGAUUAAACUUUCCAGAACUACAGACAAACCUCAACAAGAUGCUUUACAUAUUGAGUUUCAGACUGACCCAGAUCUUUGUUUAGAAUGUAGGGAAGGUUUGCUUUUUCAACAGCAACGUGAUUUACGUGAAUAUACACAAGCAACAGUGUAUAUCAGGAAAAUUGUGGACAAUACAAAGAUAAUGAAAGAUGCUGCACCAGAGCUUAAUGUGAGUGGUUCAGAAGCUGAAGAUGAAAGAGAAGUAAAAAUAGGAGACAACGAUCCAGAUUUUAACCAGAUUAACAAUGGAGCAAAGCGCCAAAAGCUAUCUGUGCCAUCUUCAGGAUCAUGUACCCUCAGUAGUUCAUUUAUUAGUCAUCAGAAGCAAGGAAUAAGAAGAAGUACUCGACAUAGAAAGGUUCGAGGCGAAAAGGCACUUAUUGUUUCAGCUAAUCAGACACUGAAAGAGCUUAAGAUACAGAUUAUGCAUGCAUUUUCUGUAGCUCCAUUUGAUCAAAAUCUUUCUGUUGACGGGCGUUGUUUGACUGAAGAUUCUGCAACCUUGGGUAGUUUGGGAGUUGUUCCCGAGUCUGUUAUAUUUCUCAAGGCUGAUGAGCCAAUAGCCGAUUAUUCAGCAAUGGAUGAUGUAUUGCAAGUCUGUAUGCCAGAAGAAGGUUUUAAAGGAACUGGACUUUUAGGCCAUUGAGAAUCUGCAUUUCUAAGAAGGUGAAAUACUUCAGAAGACCAAAACACAAACAUGUUUGAUUGGAGGCAGCUAAUAAAGACAGGCUAGAUUGCUUGCCACUGUUAUUCACUCUGGAGAUGCUUUGCUUUUUCUAUUUAAAAAGAAUAGUUUUUACAGUUUUUUUAAUGACAUUUCCAUUGAUGACUUUUUCAAAUGGUUUCUCCUGUUGGUGUUUGCUUAUACAUUGUUUAUUGCUCAUACUAAAUUAAGACAAGAAAAUACACUUUGAAACAUCAUGGUAUAAAAACUGUAAGUAUUUUGUGUCUUUACUCAUUAUCAGAUCAAAAUGCUAAUUUUCUAAUAAUUUAAAGAAAGCUAUUGGAUUAUUAAUUUGUAUUUUUCCAGUGGUGGAGAUAUUUUAGUUUUCUAUUAUUAAAGAUGCAUGAAUAUUUUAAACAUUAAAA